UCCCGAAAAUUGCGAGUUUUAUUUUCCAAUAUAAAUACUAUAUACAUAUGUAUAUAUCUGUUGCUUAAGACAACAACUCUGUUCGAUACCCAAAAUUAUUUGCGAUGAGUCUGAGGAAACGAAAGGAGACACCGUUGAUGAAUGCGGCCAUGCGUAUACGGCGGGAAAACUAUAUCGCCCACAGGAAACGUGUACGGUUCGUGCAUAGUCUGGUCGAUAGUACGGAGCCUAGGGUGCCACCUCGGAGUCUCGCCGAUAUCGAUAUGCUGCUGGUGGACGCGUCCUGCUACCAGCAGCGCACCAGGGAUAAUGUACGUAUGCUGCUGAAUCUGGCCAGGACGAUGCGCACCAGAGGAAGACUGGAUACCAGGAGCUGCCCGAAUCUGGAGUCCACAUCUAUGCAGCCGACCAUGCUGAUACAUCUGAAGCGACUGGAUAAGGCCAACAUAAAGCUGGGGAAGCGCAUACUCUUCGCUCAGCUGUUUGGGAAGAGUCUCUGCCACGGCUGUGCUCCAACGCCGUACUCGUCGCUGGUGCUCUCGCCCAGCUACCAGCGUCGACCCGAGUCCGACAGCAAACUCUGUCUGUCCGUGUACAGUGCCGUUCACGAGGGCAAGGACGAGAAGGAGAUAUUCUCGAAGUAUGCGGGCUGGGAUCUGGAAAUGCCGGACGAUAAAAUCGAAUUGACGCGACUGCUGCGCCCGCGCAUCGUCCUCCAUUUCGGCUCCGUCGAUGGCCGACCUCUGGGCGUUGUCGUCUUCCAGCUUUAUACUGAAGCCGCUCCGCUCAUUGUCCUGGAACUAAUACGGCAGUGCAUGAGUCACAAGCCGCACAAGUUCUCGGUGCGUCGCAUCUUUCCGACGCUGUGGAUGGACUGCUAUCUGCAGGGCAACAAGACGCCAUUGAAGGGUCCGAUCGAGUUCGAUACACGCGUCAUCGAUCACGGCCGCCAGGGCUACGUGCUGUCCUGCGCCAAGGACUAUUGCCUAAAUGGCUUUCCCGGUGCCAUUCUAAAUUUUACAAUCAGCUUCAAGCCGUUGCGCGUCCUGAAUGGCAAACGUGUGGGCUUCGGACGUGUCUUGCGCGGCGCUCGCAUCAUCCACAGCAUGGAGCUCUACGGCACCCGGAAUGGCAAGAUGAGUAAACGAGUUAUCGUCACGCACUGCGAUGUACUCUAGUAUAUGCCCCCAGAUCGUUUUGGCAUGUUCGCUUUCUU